AAUGUUUGUCACGCUUAUCAAAUACUCAAAAGAGGAGGCUUGAAAGAUGAAAACAUUGUUGUGUUCAUGUAUGACGAUAUUGCCACAUGUGAUGAGAAUCCAAGGCCUGGUACAAUUAUUCAUCACCCGGAAGGGGGCGACGUCUACGCCGGAGUACCAAAGGACUACACCGGGGAUGCAGUUACAGCUGAUAAUUUUUUUGCAGUGAUUCUUGGUGACAAAAGUUCGGUGAAAGGUGGAAGUGGAAAGGUUAUUGAUAGCAAGCCGGAUGAUCGAAUCUUUCUUUACUACACGGAUCAUGGAGCUGCUGGAUUGCUAGGGAUGCCGGAAAAGCCUUAUGUUGUAGCCAAUGACUUCGUUGAGGUCUUGAAAAAGAAGCAUGCCAUGGGUACAUACAAAGAGAUGGUUAUAUAUUUGGAAGCAUGUGAAAGUGGAAGCAUAUUUGAAGGCUUGCUGCCUGAAGAUCUCAACAUAUACGCUAUAACUUCAACCAAACCCGAAGAGCCUAGCUAUAUAAUCUAUUGUCCAGACAUGAAUCCGCCUCCCCCACCCGAGUAUACAACUUGCUUGGGAGAUACAUUUAGUGUUGCUUGGAUGGAAGAUAGCGAAACACAUAACCUGAAGAAAGAAUCCUUGGCGCAACAAAUCAACAAGGUGAAGGAGAGGACAUCUAUGUUCGGUACUUACGCGAAUGGUUCUCAUGUAAUGGAAUAUGGUACUAAAGUCAUAAAACCUGAGAAGGUCUAUGUAUAUCAAGGAUACAAUCCUGAAACCGCUAACCUACCAGCUAAUCGGAUUCACUUUGACAAGAAGAUGGAGAGUGUAAAUCAAAGAGACGGAGAUCUAAUAUACUUGUGGCAGAAGUACAAGAGAUCAUCGGUAUCCAACAGAGCGGAAGCUCUCAAGCAGAUGACAGAGACCCUAAGGUAUAUGGCGCAUUUGGAUAGCAGCGUCGACAUGAUUGGGGUGCUUCUUUUCGGACCACAAAAUGGUUCAAUCCUACGUUCGUCUAGAGGUCGUGGUCUACCUCUAGUGGACGACUGGGAUUGUCUUAAAUCGAUGACUCGAUUAUUUGAGAAGCAUUGUGGCUUGCUAACUGAAUACGGCAUGAAGCACAUGCGCGCCUUUGCAAACAUUUGCAACAAUCUAGUUGAGGAGACGGAGGUGGAGGAAGCGAUUAUUGCUACUUGCAGUGGGAAGAACAUCGGACCAUAUGCUAGCCUUGGGGCUUAUAGUGUUUAAGAAUUUUAUCAAGCGUUCUCAUGUGGUGUUUACUUGCAAUAUUAGCAUACUUGAU